GAGGGCGACGGCCGGCGCCGAGGUGGGGCACACGCCGGCCGUCUGCCGCUGCAGGCCAAGGUGUGUCCGCGGCCGCGCCUCGCCCGCCGCCGGCACAGCCGUGCAGUCAGAUCGGCCGCCGACAUCACGCGGCGUCGGUGCCAGUGACCCAGCGGUGUGGACCAUGCACUUCCACCUGGAGAAGGACUGUCGCGCCGAGUCGGACUGUCCGAUCCUGUCGCUCUCCUGGAUGGGCCGUGUGCCCAAUGAACUCAUCGAGCAGGAGGGCAGCUGGCGUCUGAACCGGUCCAGCUACUACCAGGAGGGCUGGCUGGCCACGGGCAACGCGCGCGCCAUCGCUGGCGUCACCUUCACCUCCUCGCACAGCCGCAAACACACCGACCUGCCCGUGCGGACCAACUACAACCUGCGCGGCCACCGCAGUCAGAUCGUGCUGGUCCGCUGGAACGAGCCCUACCAGAAGCUGGCCACCUGCGACAGCUCAGGCAUCAUCUUCGUCUGGAUCAAGUACGAGGGCCGCUGGAGCAUCGAGCUCAUCAACGACCGCAGCACACCGGUCACACACUUCUCCUGGUCGCACGACGGACGGAUGGCUCUCAUCUGCUACCAGGACGGGUUUGUCCUGGUGGGCUCCGUCGCUGGCCAGCGGUACUGGUCGUCCAACCUGAGACUGAGCAGCAACAUCGUCUGUGGCACCUGGACACCAGACGACCAGCAGGUGUUUUUCGGCUCGCUGACCGGCCAGCUGGUGGUAAUGGACGUGCACGGCGCCAUGGUCUCCAACGUCACGCUCUUGGAAGGCGUGCCCGUCCUCGAGAUGAGCUGGAACUGCGAGAAAUUCAAAAUGGAGGAGCGAGACGACACCACAGCCGGCUCGGGAAAACGGAGGCAGCUGGUGCUAGCAGUCAGUUUCGAGAACGGUCUGAUCCACCUGAUGAACAGCUAUGACGACGUCCUUCCGGUGGUGGUUCGAACGGGUCUGCUGGGUAUCAAGAUGGAGUGGUGUAACAGCGGAGAGCUGCUGGCCGUGGCGGGCCAGCGGCUGGACGGUGACAGCACGCCGGGCGUGUUCACCAACCUGGUGCACUUCUACACCAGCCAGGGCGAGCUGCGCUACAUCAGCCGACUGCCCUGCCGCACGUGUGGGGUGACGGCGCUGACCUGGGGCCACAACGGGCGGCGGCUGUUCAUCGCCACCGGCGCCAUGGUGCACGUGGCCUGGAUCGGCCGGCGCGUGGCGCCGCUCCAGCUGCUCUGUCGCCUGAGCAUCAAGGACGCGCUGGCGACGGAGGAGGCCACGGCGCUGCUGCCGCUGCCGCGCCGCGUCAAACUGCAGCUGGCCGGCCUGUUCAGCCCCACACUGAGGUCCCACAUCCCGGACACGGGCUGUCUACGUCAGUUCAUCGCCCAGCCACCAGACGGCAGCACCCGUCUGCACUGCACCAUGAUUCGCAACGAGGACGACUUUGUCACCUCCAGCGCCAUGUAUACGCUCUAUCUGGAGCACUUUGGUGGCCUCAUACCGCUGCUCAAGGGCAAACGCACCAGCAAAAUCCGUCCAGAGUUCAUCAUUUUCGACCCUUCGGUCAGCGGCGACGCCGAGCCGCGGCCAAUUCUCACAGUGGCGCCGCAGCGGGAGGCGACCGCAGCGCCGCCUAGCGACAGCUCGGACACGGAGGAGGAGCGGUGCCAAACGCCGCGCACUGCCCGACGGCGCUGGAGGCGGAGGGCCGAGCGGGAGACCGCCGGCGAAGACGAGCCCGCCGCCGAGCCGCCGGAGCUCCGCUACCAGCCCGGCUCGGCCACGCUAGCGCAGGUCACUUCUAACAUCUGGGGCACCAAGUUCCGCGUGCUGGGUGUGGUGCCAAACGUGGCGCCCGACCUGGGCCAGAUCAGCUACAAGACGUCGCUGCUGCACCUGCAGCCACGUCAGAUGACGCUGGUGAUGACGGAGCUGAGCCGGCGCCGGUGUGCCGCCGGCUCCUCCGCCGGCCUGCCCGGCACGCGGCGCGGCAGCCGGGACGACGACAGAGACGAGCGUUUCCGCCACCGUCCCAGUCAGGCGAGUGUGGGCGGCUCGGAGGUCGGCGCGCGGCCCUGUCGGACGGGCGUGUCGCUCUCCCUGUCACGGCCGGCGGCCGCCGAGUCGCCGCCGCCGCCACCCCCCAGCCGGGACCGGGGCAGAGCGCCCGUCAUCGCCGCCGACACAGACGACGAGGCGGCGGCCGCGCCCGAGCUCGACCACCUCCGCGAGUCGCUGCUGCGCAUGAAACACGAGAUGGACGCCAAAAUGCGGCCCGAGCCGCCGCCCGACCCCGUGUCGAGCAAGGUGCGCGUCCUGAACGGCCUGAACGCGCUGGCCAGUCCGCGGCGCGCAGCACGCUCACAGAGCGUCAACCGCGCCGACCGAGCGCGCUGUCACGUGGUCAGUCACGGUCGGACGGGGGACACCGCCGCUGGGGGCGACCUGGCUGGACGGCGAACGUCCUCAGCACCGGCGGGCGAGCCGGCGCUGGGCGGAGCCGUGCCGCUGACAUCCCGCCCGGAGCCGACCCCCGCAGAAGGCGGCGGCUCCCAGAUGGAGGCGAUCAAGUUUAUCGACGAUGAUGGCGAGGACGAGCGGCCGGUGGCGCCGCGGAUCCCGCCCAACCGCAGCCAGAGUCUCAACUUCAUCAGCGGCCACGGCGUGACGCUCGACAUGGUGGCAGAGACGGCCAGCGCGCCGCGCUCGCGGGUCGUGCUCAUCCCGCGGCCCAGCCGCCGGCUGAAGCGUGUCAAGAGCCACAGUCUGGGCGCGGCGCCGUCCGGCCGGAUGGGUGACUGGCUGACUGACAGUGGCGCCGUCAGACAGAAGAAGCAGCCGCCGCCGACCGGAGCCCCGGCCGGCGCCGGGCGCGCGGCCGUGCUGCAUGCUGAGGCGGCCGUUCGCGCCAAGCUGAGAGUUCCGGAGGAGCUGCGCGGGUGCCACAGCAGCCCAGUGACGCCCGUGGCACGGCGCAAGGAGAGGAAAGCCACCGGCACACCGCCCAUCAGCCGGCGGCUGCUAAGCUCCCCUCUACUCUGCCGUCGCCGGAUGCCGAGCUCAACUGAAUCAUCGGAAGACGAGUCGGCGGAGGUUACCAGGUCACAACCUUUCACCAGCCUCGAGUCACUCCAGAGGAGCCAGGUCAGAAACAAGCUCCGCCGCGGUAUCCGGGACUCGUCCCAGGCGCCGGAGGGGGCGGCGGCUCCGUCCCCGCCGACACAGCGCCGCCAGCCGCCCUGCCGCCAGCUCAUCAUGCACAACAUCGCGCCGCUCUGGAACGAGUCCAGCCAGGUGUACCAGCUCGACUUUGGCGGCCGGGUCACCCAGGAGUCGGCCAAAAACUUCCAGAUCCAGUACUGCGGCGACCAGGUGAUGCAGUUUGGCCGCAUCGACGGCAACGCUUACACGCUGGACUUCCAGUACCCAUUCUCGGCUGUUCAGGCCUUUGCCGUGGCUCUGGCCAACGUCACACAACGCUUCAAGUGACACCUACCCAUCGCCCCGACUCCUGAGGUGCUGUCUGAAAUGGAACCAAUGGUGCUGGAGAGCUGGUGAGCGCCCCGCAGCGGGCCUGGGGUCACCAGCAGAGGCCGGGUCAGGUCGGGCCGGCGCAGCGGUACACUAUGUGUCACUCUCUCUCACACGGUGUCAUGUCUCUGCCAGCCACGGUUCGCGGCCGCGCGGCGGUGUCUGUUGAGUGUCAGCGGCCAGCCAGCCGCCAAUGUCGUGUUCAGACCGUGUUAACGUAGCUAACCGCGUUAGACCGCGAGCGAAUACCAAACACUGUGAUUGGCGGACAAUCAUUAUAAGUCGCGUGCGAUGCUUGGUUGAAUGUCGCAUGUCGUGUACGGUCAGCUCCCGGCGCCAGGCGCCCCUUGUCAGGAUCUACUGGUCAAAUGAGCGCCGUAAGCCCAUGUUCUGAGGUCACAGUAGGUGUCCGCUGCGCUGAUUGGUCAGGGUUGUGUGACGGCUACGCUGAUUGGUCGAGAAGUGUGCCGUCUGCGCUGAUUGGCUGGCGCGGUGUGUCGGCUGCACUGAUUGGUCGGGGUCGCAUGUCGACUGGGCUGAUUGGUCGGGGUCGUGCGCCGGCCGCGCUGAUUGGUUUCUGUGUGCUGUUGCGCCGCUGCGUGUGUUGUAUCCGUGCCAGAGCAGCUCUGUUGAGCCACGCAGCACGCCACUGGUCACGUCACGCCUCGCGCCUCUCCUCAGCACGACCUGUCCAUAAUGCUCCAUUCCAUAUAUAUUGCUGAACUAUACUCAUCAUCAGCCAUCAAAGGCCACGCUUUACGUAGGUGAAGUCACGCUGUAUUCAUUUUAUAGAACGUUCAAAUCAAUCGUAGGUAAUGCCGUUUCAGAUAGCAUAUAAGGUGAUCUCAGUUUACCAGAAAACGUUGUUGUAACUAGCUGGAGUUCGUUACACUAUGUGUUAAUCGACAUAUUUCAGGCAAAUGAGAUCUGUUCAUAUUUAAAACAAUGACAAAACAGUAAGGAAGCUUUAAAAUAAUAAGCCGUAGGAUAGCUUUUAAGCUUGGGUAAACAGCGUUUUCUUUCAACAUUCCCAACCCUCGCUGUGAUACAUGUAUUUACCUUGCUCAGAGAUUAUUUAUAUUCCUUUGUUUAUUUCCUUCAUUUUGAAGAGAAAAAGUUCCUGCGAGAUGAAAGCGAUAGAAUCGUCAUUAUUGCUUACUUUCUUAGCGUUAUUAUUAUCACUGUUUCCGGUUCAAAGGUUAAGUUUGUAAUAUAAUAGAACGUCUCAAAUGUGCAAUACUCCUUGUGCAAUUUGUACGACAUGUAUGAAUAACAAUUGCCUAGCCCUAAA